AUGGCAACGCUCAAAGGCUCACGCAACAACACCCUCGCCGGCACACUCGUGAUCGUCUCGAUCUUCGCCACCAUCGCCGUCGUCAUCAUGCUCGCCGGCGGCCUCGACUUCAUCGGAAAACGCAGCUACACCGUCUCCUUCGAUUUCCAGACCGGCGUCGAAGGGCUCGAGGCCGGAUCGCAGGUCCACCUCGGCGGCCGCACCGUCGGCACCGUCGCCGCCGUCAGCUUCCACCGCUCCGACCCGAGCACCAUCGAAGCCAUCCACGUCACCAUCUCCGUCGACAACGACAUCCAGUUCAAGGAAGGCGCCAUCGCCUUCCUCCAGAAACCCCUCCUCGGAUCCACCUCCGUCAUCAACUUCGUCGCCCUGGGCGAGGGUCCCGACAUCGCCGAGGACGACCCCAUCCCCGGACGCCUCGCCCCGCCCAGCUUCCUCGCGCAGGCCGGCUUCGGAGAGGACCAGCAGAACAAAGUCCAGAGCAUCAUCGAACGCGCCGACGAGAUCGCCAAGAACGUCCAGGAAUCCUCGGAGUGGAUCAACACCUCCCUGAGGCCCCAGGCCGACGCCAUCGCCGGCGACGUCCGCGCCAUCACCGCCGACGCACGAGAGAAGUGGCCCGACUGGGCCAGCCGCGUCGACGAGGUCUUCGACAACAUCAAAGACGUCUCCGGCGACGCACGAGGAUUCCUCGACAACGUCGACGAACGCACCACCCAGCUCAAAGACGUCCUCGCCACCGCCCAGGCCUACCUCGACGACAACCGCGAGGACGUCCGCGCCUCCAUCGCCAACGCGAAGGACGUCUCCGAGAAAGCCGACGCCUUCAUGGACCGCCUCAACGGCGAGCUCGCCGACCUCGCCGCCGACCUCCUCGAGAGCGGCAAGGCCGCCGCCGACAGCGCCGAAACCGCACUCGCCGAGGCCGAGAACGUCCUCCUCGAGCAGCGCCCCAACAUCCGCGAGACCAUGGCCAACUUCCGCCUCACCUCCGACCAGGUCAAGGACACCCUCCUCGAGAUCCGCGCCGCACCCUGGCGGCUCCUCUACCGACCCAACGUCCGCGACCUCGAGUACGAGCUCCUCUACAACUCCGCCCGCAGCUACGCCCGCACCGUCGGCGAGGUCCGCAUCCUCACCGACCGACUCGAGACCAUCCUCGCCAAACCCGCCGGCGACAUCACCGACGAAGACCGCGCCGCCAUCGCCGAGUUCAUCACCGACCUCGCCCGAACACGCGAGUCCUACGAGAAAGUCGAAUCCGCCUUCCUCGACCACCUCAUCGACCAGAACGCCAGCGAAUAA